AUGCCAUUUUUCUACAACAAGACUGGGACAGAAGUCAAGCGCAUGGACAGCACAGGCAAGAAAUUUCAGCUACUGCUGCUCAUAGCGCUGCUGGCGCAUCUGGCGCGUGAAGCAGGGGGCGUGGCCACCUGUUGCGCUCGAGGGUCCAGGUCUUGUAAACUCUACGACCUGUUAUGCCGCGCUGGACUCAGAAACGACACUUAUUUCACCCGUUUUAACAACGACGCCGCUGCCGGCAUUCUUACACUCGGUAAACGCAAGGUGGGCGAGAGACGCGUCCAAGACCGCCUGCAGCAGCUCCUGCACGGUUCGCGGAAUCAAGCGGCGGGAAUCCUGACUAUGGGAAAGAGGUUCGGGGAGUACGAGCACAGGUCGCUCGUGCACGCCGGAGUGACGGCGAGCACGCCCGUGAGCCUCGGACUGGAGCGCCCUCUGAAAUAUCUGACGCCCACGGUACAAGAAGACGCAGUAUUUAUGGACGCAGAUAAAAAACGAUGACUCUUGUCGGGGUUUUCACCAAAAUGACCUGUCUCAUAUGUGAAAUAGACAUGUGAUUAGUUUUCUCAAAAAAAAUAACUCAAUUGAUAACGUUGGGCAUUUCAUUAUAUUCAUGGAGAGGGCAGUAACAUUAUCUUAGUUUAUAAAAAGUAACUGGUAUGUUUCAGUUGUGUAGUGUCUUAUGUGUUCAGCAGAUGGCAGGCGAUGUUAAUAUAGUAAAAUUACAUUGACCUAGUAAU